AUGGGCAUGUUCGUCUUCCCGUGUCUCUUUGUAAUCCUACUUACUACAUGCUCCCCAUCUGGAUGUGCUGGAGAUGUUGACUCUGCAUCCCACAGCACAUCCAGCACCACAAAGAAACCCAUCCUGUUAAACAACAUUGCAGAUGCUGAAGCCUUUGUCAGUGGUGCAGAGGUGGCGGUCAUCGGAUUCUUCCAGCCCAAGGGCUCUGCACCACCCUGGUGUGUUCACCGUGAGCGUGGGCAGCGAGGUUUGGGAGGAACGCGGGGCAGGGCGCACACCCUGCCACAAUUACCCGCCGGCCGUAGCUCGGGUCGGAGGGGCGCUGGGCACCGCCGCCUGCUGACGGUCCCGGCCGAGCGCGGCCGUGGCUCGGCGGGGCGGGGGGGGCUGUGCGUGGGUCUCCGUGCCGGCCGUGGUGCCCGCGGCGGGCGGCAGGGGUCGCCCCCGCGCCGCUCAGGCGGCGCUGCCGGGGGGUCCCCGCGGCGGCUCCGCUCGUCACCGCCCGCCCCUUCACUGCCCUCCCUUCUGCCCCCGCAGGAACCGGAGAGCGCCGAAGCGUCGCAGUUUCGCCUGGCGGCCGGACGGAUCCCGGAGGUGCCCUUCGGCCUCAGCACCAGCCCCGCCGUCCUGUCCCACUACGGCGUCUCGGCGAACACCGUCACGCUGUUCCGCAGGGUAGACAAUGACCGGAGGGAUCUGGAUAUGAACAACAGAGAAGUUGAUACUGAGAAGAUGACUCGUUUCGUUCGGAUGAAUGAGCUCCGCCUGGUGACAGAGUACAAUCCUGUGACAGCAAUAGGUGUGAUGCAGAGUUCGCUCCAGUUCAACCUCCUCCUGAUCACAGACAAGAUGUCUCCAAAGCAUCCUGAGCGAAUGCGCAAGUUUCGGGCCUCAGCAGAGCUCUUCAAGGGAAAGAUUCUCUUUAUCCUGUUAGACAUCAAUUUGAACGGCAAUGAACGAGUAGUGUCAUACUUCCAGCUGAAGAAGUCCCAGCUGCCUGCUCUGGCUAUAUUCCACACACCAGAUGAUGAGCAUGAUGUGAUGACUGUGGAUGAAAUCUCCACUGAGCGUGUGCAGGACUUCUGUAAUCGUUUCAUACAAAGAAUGAAGAAGAAAGAAGACGAAUCUGAGAAGCCCCUCAAUGAGGAACUCUGAUUCUUUCUCAGCCAACAGGAUGACUGUGCCCAGAGUAAUCUGUGGUGUAUGAAGAGUUCACUUCACCCUGCAGCUCGACAAUUCCUGAGCCAAGUUGGUCAUAUAUUCCCAUCACCAUUCUAUGUAUAUAUAUGCUAUCUGUCCUCUCCAGAAAUCUCUUCUCUCUUCUCAUUCAUUGGCUCCAGUUCACUUCUUUUCAGUACUCCAGUACCUCUAGUAUUGCCUUACAAUGUGUGCUUCCAUGCCACUCUGUUGGAACAAAGAGUGGCCUAGCAAAAUGGCAAUAUCAGAGGUAAAGCUAGUAGUUCCCAAGGAUCUGUUUCCCUCAUUCUCUUAGCUUUUGAUGAUAUGGUGGGAUCCACUGUCAGCCUUUCCAGACACUACAAACAGAUUGGUUGCUUGAUGUCACAUGAACUUUUCCAUUUAUUUUACUAAAUAAAGCAGAAAGUGAAUAGCCUGAAUUUUUACUCAAA